AUGUCGAUAUUCAAAGAGCUCCGGCGGCGCUCCAAAGCCAGCUUCCGAACAACCACCUCAGCCGACUCCCAAUCCAAUGGCAACGCAGUCAGCGGCCAGUCCUCCUCGACAAUAGGAACGAUAGAAAGCUCGACGACGCCGCCAUCGUCCAUAAAACCCUCCUUAUCUUCUCCCAACCUCAGUACCCUCAACGAGGCAGUAAAUGGCUCCGUACCGCCCCUGCCAACGCCGCUGCCGCAGCGUCCCGUCCCUAUAACCUCACAAUCAAACCGACAUAGUUACUAUUCAACAAAUGGUUCGCCGGCGAAUGGCUCUAUUCGAACACCUGUUGCAGCCUCUCCAUAUGCACCACGCAUCAUAUCUGUAUCGGACAACUCAUGGGUACAUCAGAAAGUACUGUUGGUGUCCGGCCACAUAGGCGACCCUCGACAGCAUCCAAUAGACGGAACCAUAACCCUACACCACAACCAGGAUAGCUUCCCGGCGACAACUUGGCCCGUUUCCGAUUCACAUUUUAAGGCCCUUGUGCACCUAUCGCCCGGACCGAAUCGGCUUCGGUUCGAUUUCAACUCCCCCAAGCUGUCUUCGAGCUCAAGCUCCGGUCAUUCAUCCUGGCACAGCAUCAACUACCUUCCUCUAACAAACUCUCCGCCUCUCGACCUGGUCAUAUUGCUAGGAAAGGAUUCCCCGGGGACGUUCGACUCGACACCUGAACGGAUCCAAAGCGAGGGCAAUGAUCUCGACUUGGCCGUUAAGAAGUACCGAAUGGCUGCCUAUUUGUGGCAAGCUUAUACCGGCGAACAAAUGUUUCGGAAUACCUUUGGUAGGAGAUGUUUCAGGUUGGAAGAAGAAUGGCAGACGGGCACUUUGAGUCAACGGGACACUUUCGCGGGGCAGAUCAGGAAUGAAGCAAAAGUCCAUGUAGUAAGGUCCGAAAAGACUGUGGCUGAAUUAAGGGAUUUGAAUAUAGCUCAGCAGUACGGGCCUGCGACAAAGAAAGACGAAUUGUUCAAUAUUGCAAAAGAAGCUGUGACGGCAUACUUUCGGCCGCAUCCUGAGCAGAAGCGUUAUGUUUCGGUCUUGCUGCUUGAUUCACAUUGGGACACCUCGUCCCAAGUGAUCACCGCACAUGCUGCUCUCGGUUCCGAUGGUGGUAACAUAAAGAUGGCAAUAUUCGGAUCUCAUAGCCUGCACAGCUACCCGUCCUGCUUGGAGGAGGUCGUUUCCGCAUUCUCUGACUGUACAGAAACAGAUACUAGAUACGUGGCAAACGAUUGUGGAGAAGCAGGAAGCAAUUGGGAGGCAGCCAAUAUUGGUAUAGGCGCUCAUUUGCAUGAAGUCGGUCACUUAUUCGGUAAUCCACACCGGGAAUCUGGGGUUAUGCUACGUGACUAUACUCGCUUGAAUCGGACCUUCACCACUCGAGAGCCGUAUUCGACUCGGACUAAAGGUCAGGGUCUCAAGCUGUGCUUACCAGCCGACGAAUGCCAAUGGCAUCGUCUCGACGUCCUCAGAUUCAGGUUUCAUCCCUGCUUCCGUCUACCGAGUGAUCCUCCUACUCGUCCAGACGACAGUAUCCAGGCUUGGCCAGUGGACAACGGGAAGAUAUUACUGACGGCGGCAACUGGCGUAGCUUAUCUAGAGCUUUAUCCGGAAGGCGAUGAUCUCUGCCACAAGUAUCUUGAGUUCAUCAACAAUGAAUCUCCAAAUAGCGGUAUACCGAAACAAGUGACCAUCACCGAAGCUGAACUUCGAAAUCUACUCCCGCCUGAACAGCAAAAGAGGAAGCUCCGGGUUGAGAUAUUUUCAGGCAACCUUGGAUCACAUACAAUCGACGAUUUGGGCGCUCUGAAGUCGAAAAAGUCAAUUGUCAAGCUUCCCAAGGGCCAGACGGGCUUCCGGAGCAGCAAACUCGGGAUGUCUCAAUUAGAAGGCAGCGAGUCUCAGGAGGUCAUCCUGGAUAGUGUUUUUGUCCAGAAAAAGUUGUUGACAUCGAUCAAGGUGUAUCAUGGCUAUGCUCUUGACGGUCUUGAAUUCUGCUAUGAAGAUGCAACCAGUCAAAUAUUUGGCAAGCGUGGGGGUAAGCCAGGUGGUGAUGAAUUUGUGUUUGACACUCGACGCGGAGAACAUUUACUAGGCUUCUACGUCAGAGCUGGUCUCUGGAUUGAUGGCAUUGAGAUUAUUACGAGUUUCGGGAGAAAAUCAGGGGUAUACGGGAACGCUACAGGAGGAUCUGGACAUGCUUUGAUACCUCCUCGGGGCUUCAGCAUUGCCGGGGUUUCUGGAUCUUGUGGUGCAUGGGUUGAUGGGAUUUCGCUCAUCAUCACACGGUAG